UGUUUGCAUGACACUGCAUUUCAAGGACCAAGUGGACAAUCUUGCUUGUGUACACACUCACAUACACAUGUUUGUGCAUGUCCAUAUGGGUUUCAGUGGUUAGGUUGGCUGUGUGGAUUCCUGUUCAAGAAUCAAUUAAUAAAAUUGCUCGAGUUCCAUCAGUAGACAACAUGUUUCUUUGGAUAUUAAAGAAUUAGAUGUAUAACUCUAAGAAAUAUAUAUAAGAUAUUUGUUAUACAUAUUUUAGUGAUAAGUUAGAUCUCUCCCUUGGAUUCCUUCUGAGAACAUAUUUGAAAAAGAAGACUUUUACAACAAGCUUAAAGAAGACUGCUGAUUCUUUGAGCUAUAAAAAUCUGGAUUUUGGACAAAGAUGGAAUAGUUAGCUGGUGUGUUUAAGUUUACUUGGAUUAGCCUUUUGUUUAUUUUCUUCUAAUAACGCUUUUCUUUUGGAGAUUCUUGGGCGACUUUUGCUUAAUUAGAAUACAAGGAAGUGGACAAGCAGAGAAGAAAAAGGCUCCCAAGGUGAAAAUGGUAACAAGAACAGUCGAUCUCCGCUCUGACACUGUCACUAAACCAACCGAAGCGAUGAGAGCAGCUAUGGCAAACGCUGAGGUUGAUGAUGAUGUUCUGGGAGAUGACCCAAACGCCUUACGAUUACAGACCGAAAUGGCCAGAAUCAUGGGCAAGGAAGCAGCUCUAUUUGUUCCAUCAGGCACUAUGGGUAACCUUAUUAGUGUGCUUGUGCAUUGUGACAUUAGAGGAAGUGAAGUCAUUCUUGGACACGAUUCUCAUAUCCACAUAUAUGAGAAUGGAGGCAUUUCAACACUCGGUGGUGUGCAUCCAAGGACAGUGAAGAAUAACAAGGAUGGAACAAUGGAUAUCGAUUUAAUUGAAGCUGCCAUCAGAGAUCCGAAAUGGCAGCUUGUGUAUCCAACUACUAGGCUUAUCUGUUUGGAAAAUUCACAUGCCAACUGUGGUGGUAGAUGCCUAUCUGUAGAAUAUACAGAUAAAGUUGGUGAAUUAGCUAAAAAGUACGGUUUGAAGCUUCACAUAGAUGGGGCUCGCAUUUUCAAUGCAGCAGCUGCACUUAAAGUUCCUGUACAUAGGCUUGUUCAAGCUGCUGAUUCAGUUUCGGUAUGCCUAUCAAAAGGUUUAGGUGCACCAGUUGGAACCGUUAUCGUUGGUUCAAAAAGCUUUAUCGCUAAGUCUAGAAUCCUAAGGAAAACAUUAGGAGGUGGGAUGAGGCAGGUUGGUAUGCUUUGUGCUGCUGGUUUAGUUGCUGUACAAGAGAAUGUCGGAAAGCUCGAGGACGAUCACAAGAAAGCCAAGACAAUAGCAGAGGGACUGCAUCAGUUUAAGGAACUAAGAGUGGAUGCUGCUGCAGUAGAAACCAAUAUCAUAUAUGUGGAUGUAGUAGAGAGCUCAAAAUUUACAGCAGAAAAACUAUGUAAGAGCUUGGAACAACAUGGUGUACUUGUGAUGCUAGAGGGUCCAUUCAGCUUUCGGAUUGUUCUUCACCAUCAAAUUUCAGCAAGUGAUGUGCAGUACACUUUGUCGUGCUUUCAGCAAAUAUUGACAGGGGUGCAAGCUGAAAAUGGCAACUAGAGGAAGAAAAUUCUGUCAUAAUAAGCUCAUUUUCAUUUGUUAAGUAAAAUUGUUGAAGAAAUAAACUGCCUUCAGCAAUCCUCCCAUGUGGAUUACUUACUUGUGUGUAAAAUAAUAGUCUAAAAGAAUUCUAUCUUCUCAUUGUCAACAUAAAACCCAUCUGAGAAAAUAUGAUCAAUGGGAUAGAGAUCUAUCUAUUUUCAAAUUAAUUUCUUGUGGGUUCUAUUGAAAUGAAAA